UUAGUUCGAAUAAAGUUAUUCGACUGCAGUUUACUGACUGCGUGAGCACACCGCUACAACGUGUUUUUAUCGCUAUUAAUAUACGUCACCACUGCCAAUACCUGACACCCGUCAGUGCGCGAUUUCUUUAAUUUUUCGAUCCAAGGUAGGCCAACUAUGGAGAAUUCUAAAAAAAGAAAAGUGACUGAAGAAAACAGAACGUUUAAUGAUACGUGGACAGAUUCAUUUGCUUUCACUGUUGACGAGACUGGUUUACCGGUAUGCUUAAUAUGCAAUGAGAAACUAGCAAACAACAAAAAGUCAAAUGUUGCAAAGCAUUUCUAGAAUAAACACGCAGCCUUUGCUCAAAAAUAUCCGGAUGGAGAUGAGAGAAAAAAAGCCGUUUCGGAACUGAUGCGGAAGGUUGAUCUGAGCAAAAAUCAUUUCAAGCAAUGGAUGAAGUCCGGAAAACCAACGACAUACGCUAGUUAUAUUGCCGCUCAGGAAAUAGUCAGGCACGGGAAGCAGUUUACAGAUGGUGAAUAUAUAAAAGAAUCUUUCAUUAAGAUUUCAGACUUUAAAAACAAGAGUGAAAUUGUGCAGAAAAUCAGGGAUAUGCCCCUCUCUGCAAAGACUGUCAAAGACAGAACCAUAAAAAUGGCAGAAGACAUCACAAGACAGCAAAUUAAAGACAUCAAUUCAGCUGUGGCCUACUCUAUUGCCUGUGACGAGUCUAAAGACAAAGGUGAUAUUGAACAAAUAGCGUUGUUCUGCCGGUAUGUAAACUCUGCCGGGCCACAGGAAGAACUGAUUGAGUUGAUACCUCUAAAAGACCAAACACGGGAGGUGGACAUCUGUGAGGCUGUCUUGAAUUGUUUAAGAGCCAAAGGAAUAAAGACUACCCACCUGGUGUCAGUAGCUACUGAUGGGGCACCGAAUAUGACGGGAACGCACAAGGGAAUUGUGGCUUUACUGCAGAAGUCGCUGGACAGAAAGCUGCUGAUUUUUCACUGCAUCUUGCACCAAGAGGCACUGUGCGCUCAAACAUUUCCUCCGGAAUGCACAGAAGUAAUGGAUGUUGUCAUUCAGAUUGUCAAUAAAAUAAUGGCAAAAAGUUUAAAUCACCGUCAAUUCCGUUUGUUACUGGACGAGCUGGAAAGCGCAUAUUCUGAUCUCCUGCUGCACAACAAAGUCCGGUGGCUGUCCAGAGGGGAGGUGCUGAAACGCUUUGUCACAUGUCUGGAAGAAGUGAAAACUUUCCUGGGCAGCAAAGGGCUGGAAAAGCUACACUUCAUGGUAGACAUGACAGCGCAUCUGAACACGCUGAACACAGCUCUUCAGGGGAAAGGACGUACAGCCCUACACAUGUUGGAGGAGUUUUGGCAUUCGAGCGCAAGUUGACAGUGCUUGCCAGAGAUUGACAGAAAGGCACAUUGUCUCACUUCCCCAAUUUGAGAGAGUUCAAACAAGGUCACGACAUGAUAAGUUCGGAGUAUUUACAUUCUGCAAUCAUCGCAAUGCAAACAUCGUUUGGGAAACGCUUCUGUGAGUUCAGAGAGGAAAAAAACACAUUAUCCUUCCCGGUCACUCCCCCAAGCAUCGAUUCAUCUCUACUGAAUACGACUGCAUUGGCAGGUGUGAGUAAACCUGAUCUUGAGAUGGAACUGGCCGAAAUAGCCGACAAAGACAUAUGGGUGUCCAAGUUUAGACGCUUGACAGCAGACCUUGAAGAUGUUGCCCGUCAGAAGGCCGUUCUUGCUCAGAAUCACAAAUGGAGUGAUAUUGAAAACCUCCCUAACCGGACAAACUUGUGUUCGAAACAUGGAAUGCUAUCCCCGACAUUUAUGUAAACAUUAAAAAGUAUGCGCUUGGAGUCCUGUCGAUCUUUGGAUCCACAUAUGUAUGUGAGCAGGUGUUCUCCAACAUGAACUUUAUUAAAAACAAACAUCGUGCACGCCUCACAGAUGACAGCUUGCGAUCCUGUGUAAAGAUGAAGGUGACGUCAUACAGCCCUGAUGUGCAGAUGCUGUGCGCAGAGGUCCAGGAGCAGAAAUCCCAUUAACCAAGUUGACACCUGGCUGACGUUAUUUUUGGUUUGCUGCUGGCGGAAAAUUUAAGUUCAGCGUUUUUCAUAAAUACAAGAAGAACUCAAAUAGACAUUGAGUAUUUGACUUAAAAGUAACCUUCAACCCAACGUCUUUUUUUCGGAGUUCAAAAUGUUUUUGUGGCAUGCAGAAAUGUAAUUUCGUUUUCUCUGCAGGAGUUCAUCAAUUUCAUAAAUGCAACACAUUAUAGUUUGUUUAUACAUAGCAUAAAGGCAAAAAAAACGUUGUAUGCAGUGUUAUUUCAUUUUAAAUGUCAAACGGGUUUUGCGGCUCCCAGUGUUUUCUUUUCUGUGGGAAACGGGUC